CGACAGCGCGGCCGCCAUGUCGCUGGACGACCCGCGCCUCGAGUGGCUGCAGGACCGCGUGUACGAGGCCUUCGGCCUCCAGCAGACCGACUGCUUCGAGGAGCUGCUCAACCGCGACGACGGCCUCCAUGAACUCGUCAUCCUCCGCUUCCUCAACGACACCCACACCGAGGACUGCCCGUCAGCCCUGCUCUUCUUCCGCAGCGACCGCACCGUGGAGGAGGAGCUGGAGCUCGAGGAUGAUGAAGCCACAGAAGUUACUCACGAUGAAGAUGCUGAAGUUACUGGGACAACUGAGAAGUCAGAGUUGGUCAAUGACGAAGAAGCACCAAGAACUGUUGCGUCUUCUAUUCGGGAACAGUCACGACAGGGAACGGAGCCCAGACUGUCCCAGGCAAGCCCGGCCGAGGGGGAAGCUGCAAUGUUCACCCUGCCACGUACCAAAAUCGUAACCCAGUUAGUGGAACAACCCGUGCUCUAUGUUUCACUGGAGAAAAUCCCUCCAGAGUUUGCCAAUCACGAUAUUUUCUUUUUUCUCCGGGAUAAAAGAGAAACCAUUCCUGAACCCAAUGACAUGAAGGAGACCAAUAUACUAAUGCCCAAAAUGCUGGAGUUUGGCAUGUUGAAUGGGCACUCUUUAUUGAUGCUACACCAAAUCUUAACACAGCUCUUCAUGCCACUUCUGUCUCAUCAUCACGGUAAAACCAUUGAUCUUAAGCAAGGUUCAUCACGCUUUAUAAGUACAGUAGCGUUUCCGUUUGAGAGGUUGAGUAUUGCGGACUCGAGAGGAGGAGGAGGGGAUUCACGGAAUAUUCAGUUUGUCAGGGAUGAAUUCCUGAUAACUAUACUAAAGUUCUCCAAUCAGGUUCAGCGAACCAUUCAACAGGUGGAGGGUGAAAUCAAGCUUGAAAUGCCUCCAUUAGACCUCGAAACAGACCUGAACCAAUUUACUUCAGACCCAAUGAUAAUGGAAAUGCUGGAACACAGUGUGAUGAACUGGCAGGUGCAGAUCACUUCUGCCAUUGAAGAGCAGCUGUCGAAGAUGCCCCAGGGCAACGGUCCGUUAUCAGAGAUAGACUUCUGGCGAGAACGUAAUGCUACUCUCAGUGCCCUCAGCGAACAGCUGAAACUGUCAGUGGUGAAGAGGAUUGUUGACUUUGUGGGCGCCUAUGAUCAAAGUUUAAUCCAGAAUCUCAAUUUAAUCAUUGCUGACCUCACCAAGUACCACGUGGAAGCUGCAGACAACGUUAGGUUCCUCUCAACACUGGAGCGGCAUUUUAAGAAUCUAUCACAGGGAACAAGAUUUCAAGUUGUGAUGGAUACCAUCCCUUCCAUGUUGAAUGCCCUGAGGAUGGUUUGGAUUAUUUCCCGCCAUUACAACAAGGAUGAACGGAUGGUGCCCCUGAUGGAACGCAUUGCGUGGGAGAUCGCAGAGAGAGUGCGCAAAGUUAUCAGUGUACGCAGCAUAUUUAAGAGGAGCUCAGAAGCAGCAAAAACAAGUACCUUAGAAGCCAUACGAACCCUGCAGUUGUGGAAAGACUCCUACUUUGAUAUCCGUUCUAAAAUUGAGGCUUCAGGGAGAGAUCAGCGCUGGGAAUUUGAUAGAAAGAAACUCUUUGAGAAAACUGAUUACAUGAUUGUCAUCUGUCAGAAUAUUCAUGAUAUUUUGCAGACUCGAGAGGAGUUUUACAACAUCUUUGGACCAGAGCUGAAAGCUGUAACUGGUGACCCGAAGCGCAUUGAUGACGUGGUACAAAGGGUUAACGAUCUUGUUGUGCCCAUUAUGGAACUCUCCUUCGAUAUGUUUAACAUUCGUCACACGCAGAUGUGGAGGGUCGUAAUGGAGGAUUUUUACACUCAGGUUCAGUUCAUUGAAGGGGAAGCAAAGAACUUUAUUGAUGAGUCAUUCAAGAGUCUCCGCUCUGCAGAAGCAGCGUUUGACAUGCUUUUGAGAUUCAGGCACAUUCGCUCACGAGAAGUGGUCAACAAGCAAAUGAUGAGGAAAUUCAAUGACAUUCUCACACAGUAUUGUAAGGAGGUUGAUAUUAUAAACACCAUCUUUACAAAUAAUGCUAGUAACCCUCCGGUGACCAAGAACCAGCCUCCAGUUGCUGGAGCCAUCCACUGGGCCCGAUCACUCUUUCACCGCAUUAAACACGUCAUCGUUCACUUCCAGAAAAUGCCCGAGAUGCUGGCAAGUGAUCAGGGCAAGGCAACCAAAGCAAAAUAUCUAGAGGUGGCAAAGAGGAUGAAAGCGUAUGAAGAUAAGUUGUAUGAACAUUGGCAAAGUGAGACUAACACAAAGUUGCACGUUCUGUUAAAACAAAGCCUGCUCAACAGGGUUGAUGUAUCAAUAACCAAUCCAGAUAGUACGGUUUACUUUGAUCCUAACUUGACUACUCACGAUGACAUGUUUGAAGCUAAUUGUCAAUAUGAAGUGAACUUUGCUCCAGAACUGGAAGAAAUAAUCAUGGAAUCCAAGUACAUGGAGCAGUUGGGAUUUCAAAUCCCUCAGCUGGCCAGAAAUGUGGCUCUACAAGAACAGAAGUUUCUCCGGUACACCACUGGAUUAAGGAACAUGUUGAAUCGCUACCAAAAACUAAUGCCUUCUUUAAACAUAGCAGAGAUAAAACUUAUGGUGGAUCAUAUCCAAGAGCUCCAACGGGUUAUUCGUUCAGGUUAUAAAAGAUUAAACUGGAACUCGUUAGGUAUUAUUGAUUAUCUUGGUCGCUGUGAACAAGCAAUUGGAAAAUUUGAAUCACUUGUAAACCAGAUUCACAAGAAUGUGCGAGACAUUGCCAUUAAACUUGCAUCGAUUGAAUCUGCAGACCUCUUUAAAAGACCACCCGCCCAAUGUGUUGGAAACUAUCCCUUUUUCCAAAUUGAAGUUCAUCUCUCUGCCCCUGAGAUUGUCUUGAAACCCAAUGCCUCUGAAGUUUAUCAACUGACUCUCCAGAACAUAAAAGACUGUGUGGAAACCACGAAGCUGUUUGUACGCUGGAUGCAUGGGUCUUGCAUUGAAUGCCUGCCACAGUAUGUCGAAGGUGAUGAGCCAGUUAUGUUUAAUUUCUACAGUGACAUUUCUCAGCAUCAGCUGAUCAUUGAGCUGGCUAUUUCCACCAGUCAGAAUCUCCAAAAACUUCGUUCUCUGGGAAAGUUUCUGAACAGCUGGAAGAAGUACAGAUCGUUAUGGAAGAUGGACAAGUCUAUUGUUGUGGAGAAGUUUGCAGCUAGGAAUCCGUCUUGUGUCAGUUAUGAUGAAAAGUUGCAGUUCUACACCAGAAUCAGUGAGGAGGUGGCACAACAGCCACUUGUCAGGGACGACCAAUGUAUUCGCCUCCAGCUGAGACCCUUGGCAUUCAGUAUCCAAGAAAAUGCAAAUGCAUGGGUACAGUCGCUCGGACAAUGCCUGAAUGAAUCUGCCAAACGGGAAUUGUACAGUUUGAGAAACGACUGGAGUACUGUCAGUUGUGUCUUCACAAAUCACGACAUUCGCAACGCACUCAUACAUCAUCUAACCAAGUUCCAGUUUGAAGGGCAGGAGAUUUCCUUGGACAGCCGGAUUGGGAUUUUUAUCACCAUGAACCCUGGUUACGCUGGGCGUACAGAGCUGCCAGAAUCGGUCACUCUCUUCAGGCCCGUGGUCGUGAUUGUCCCUGACCUGCGGCAGAUCUGUGAGAUUAUGCUGUUCUCAGAGGGGUUUCUGCUGGCAAAGAUCCUUGCAAAGAAGAUGACAGUGCUGUACAAACUGGGCAGGGAACAACUUUCAAAGCAACAUCACUAUGAUUUUGGUCUCCGAGCUCUCAAGUCUGUACUUGUUAUGGCAGGAGAAUUGAAGAGAGGGUCCCCUGAAAUCAGUGAGGAUGUGGUGUUGAUGAGGGCUCUGAGAGACAUGAAUCUUCCAAAAUUCGUCUUUGAGGAUGUUCCUCUCUUCCUGGGCCUGAUCGCGGACCUAUUCCCUGGGCUGGAAUGUCCUCGUGUCCGUUAUCCCAACUUCAACGAUGCAGUGGAACAGGUCCUGGAAGAAAAUCAUUACAUUUUAUUGCCAGUACAGGUGGAUAAAGUGGUUCAGAUGUACGAAACGAUGAUGACUCGACACACCACCAUGGUAGUGGGACCCACGGGAGGUGGGAAGACUGUGGUCAUUAACACACUUUGCCAGGCUCAAACAAGAAUGUCCUUAGUGACAAAACUGUACACACUGAAUGCAAAGGCCGUGAGUGUGAUUGAACUCUACGGAAUCUUGGAUCCUGUCACUCGCGAUUGGACCGAUGGAAUCUUAUCAAACAUUUUUAGAGAUAUCAAUAAACCGACGGACAAGAAGGAAAGGAGGUAUAUUUUAUUUGAUAGUGAUGUGGAUGCACUCUGGGUGGAAAACAUGAACUCUGUGAUGGACGACAACAAGUUGUUGACAUUGGCGAACGGGGAGCGGAUUCGUCUACAAACUCACUGUGCCAUGCUGUUUGAGGUGGGAGAUUUACAGUAUGCUUCCCCAGCAACUGUCUCUCGCUGCGGCAUGGUGUAUGUGGACCCCAAGAACCUGCGAUACACUCCCUUCUGGCAAAAGUGGAUCAGUCAGAGGACUGUCAAGCAAGAACAGACUGAUCUCACCAAGCUGUUUGAUAAGUAUGUACCUCCGAUCCUUGAACUGAUUGUGGAAGGGAUGUUGGAUGGCAGACAAGUGGAGAAGUUAAGAGUAAUCAUCCCUCAAACAGAACUGAACAUGGUGACACAACUGACUAAGAUGUUGGAUUGUUUGUUGAAGAAAGAGGUGGAGAGAUUUGAUGUCCUGGAAUGCUAUUUUAUUGAAGCCUUGUAUUGCUCUCUGGGUGCCUGCCUUCUGGAGGAUGCAAGAAUCAAGUUUGAUGACUAUGUGAAACGUCUCGCCAGUAUGUCCAUGGUUGAAACUCCCAAUGUCUUUGCUGGCCCAGGAGAAUUGCCAGGCCAGCUACCAACUCUUUAUGAUUUUCAUUUUGAUGACGAGAAGCAGAGAUGGAUUCCAUGGUCCAAGCUUGUGCCGAAAUAUGUCCACAACCCUAAAGGAAAAUUUUUGGAUAUCCUUGUUCCUACGGUGGACACCACACGCACUAGUUGGCUGCUUGAAGAGAUGGUGAUGAUCAAGUAUUACGUACUACUGGUGGGCGAAUCGGGAACAUCUAAGACAGCCACAACACAGAACUUCCUUAAACACCUGAACACCGAUGAUACUCUGCUGUUGACGAUCAACUUUUCAUCUCGUACCACUUCAAUGAAUGUACAAAGAAACCUGGAGGCCAAUGUGGAGAAACGCACCAAAGUCACAUAUGGACCGCCGAUGGGGAAGCGUCUCCUGGUCUUCAUUGAUGAUAUGAACAUGCCCAGGGUUGAUGUGUAUGGAACACAGCAACCCAUUGCUCUGCUGAAACUCCUGCUGGAGAAAGGUGGCAUGUACGAUCGUGGCAAGGAACUGAACUAUAAGAUCCUGAAGGACCUGGGCUUUAUUGCUGCUAUGGGAAAAGCUGGAGGUGGACGUAACGAAGUGGAUCCUAGGUUUAUCUCGCUGUUUUGUGUGUUCAACGUGACGUUCCCAGCAGAAGAAUCAUUAUUUUCAAUUUACACUUCCAUUCUGAAGGGACACACGAUGUCUUUCAGUGAAGAUGUCCAGGCAAUCAGUGUUAAAGUGACGUCAGCUACUCUCCAACUGUACACCAUGAUCGUGCAAGAACUGCCUCCAACUCCGUCCAAAUUCCACUACAUCUUCAAUCUGCGUGACCUGUCCAGAGUGUUCAAUGGACUUGUCCUUGCAACCCCUGAGAGGUUUCAGACAGUUGCACAGAUGGUCCGGCUGUGGAGAAACGAAUGCCUUCGAGUGUUUCAUGACAGGCUCAUUAAUGAAGAGGACAAAAUGCUGGUUCAAGGAAAUAUCAACCAGUUACUAGAAGAACAUUUCCCAACGAUAUUUGAGCAAACCAGCAGGAAUCCGAUUCUGUUUGGAGAUUACCGCACCUUCAUGCAUGAGGGUGAACCACGGGUGUAUGAGGAUCUGCAGGACUACGAAGCUGCCAAAGCUCUCUUCCAGGAAAUUUUGGAAGAGUACAAUGAGACAAAGUCGCACAUGAGGCUGGUGCUGUUCGAUGAUGCUGUGGAGCACUUGACAAGGAUUCAUCGCAUCAUCCGGAUGGACAGGGGCCACGCUCUGUUGGUGGGAGUUGGAGGGUCCGGCAAGCAAUCCCUCACCAAGCUGGCCUCCUACACAGCCGACUGCGAGAUUUAUGAGAUUGUUCUGAGUCGUGGUUAUGCAGAGCCUAAUUUCCGAGACGAUUUGAAAGCUCUGUAUCUGAAGCUAGGCAUUGAGAACAAGCCGACAGUCUUUCUCUUUACUGAUGCCCACAUGGCUGAGGAAGGAUUCCUGGAGCUGAUAAACAACAUGCUGACCUCAGGCAUUGUCCCGGCACUUUUUCCAGAUGACGAGAAAGAAACGAUUUUAGGACAAGUAAGAGAUGAAGCAAUGAAAGCUGGCUACAGUCCAGCUAAAGAGAGUAUCUGGCAGUACUUUGUUAAUAAGAGCGCCAGUAAUCUGCACAUAGUAUUGGGCAUGUCACCUGUGGGAGAUUUAUUACGCACACGGUGCAGAAACUUUCCAGGUCUAGUGAACAACACUGGGAUUGACUGGUUCUUACCGUGGCCGCCUCAAGCCCUGCUCGCUGUGGCACAGGCAUUCCUAGGAAAGAACCCAAUGAUUCCAAGUGAGCAUUUUGAAAAUGUGAUAGACCAUGUGGUGAUGGCGCACGAUUCUGUGGAAGAGUACAGUCAGACAUUCCUGCUGAAGUUACGUCGCAGUAACUAUGUCACUCCGAAAAACUACCUGGAUUUCAUCAAUACUUACGCUCGCUUAUUGAAUGAGAAAGAUCAGUUCAUUUUGGCGCAGUGCAAGCGUUUGGAGGGUGGAUUGGACAAGUUAAAGGAGGCCAGUGUUCAGCUAGCUGAGUUAAACAAGAAGCUAGCAGUACAAAAGGUUGUACUGGCAGAGAAAACCGAAGCGUGUGAAGCCCUGUUGGCAGAGAUUGCCCUGAACACCACUAUUGCUGAGGAGAAGAGGAAGCUGGCAGAGGAGAAAGCUGCGGAGAUAGAGGAGCAGAAUAAGGUGAUAGCUGUGGAGAAGCAGGAGGCAGAGAAUGCACUGGCCGAGGCACUGCCCGCCCUCGAGGCAGCAAGGGUGGCUCUGCAGAGUCUGGACAAGUCAGACGUGACAGAGAUCAGGUCGUUUGCAAAGCCUCCUCGACAAGUACAGACAGUGUGUGAAUGUAUCCUGGUGAUGAGAGGCUACAAGGAAAUUAACUGGAAAUCUGCCAAGGGCAUGAUGUCAGAAGCAUACUUCCUCAAGAGCCUGAUGGAAAUGGACUGUGAUGCUAUUGGGCAGGCGCAGGUCAAAACUGUGAAAGGUUUUCUCAAGAAUCUGAACACGUCGCUUGAGGAAAUGCAGGCGAUCAGCAGAGCGGGUGCAGGGAUGUUGAAGUUUGUCGAGGCUGUAAUGGGCUACUGUGAUGUGGCCAGAGAGAUCAAGCCCAAGCGAGAGAAGGUAGCCAGGCUGGAGCGUAAUUACUAUCAGAGCAAACGUGAUCUAGAGAAGAUCCAGGCAGAGCUGGCAGCCAUCCAGCAUGAGCUACAAGCGCUGAGCAAUCGCUACGAGGCAGCAAUGAGGGAAAAGCUGCAGCUGCAAGAAGAAGCAGAAAUCAUGGAGCGUCGAUUGGUGGCGGCGGACAAGCUCAUUUCUGGGUUGGGCUCGGAAAACGUGCGCUGGACCAAUGACUUGGAGGAUCUGAAGGUUCGGCGGGUGAAACUAUUGGGCGACUGCCUGAUGUGUGCUGCCUUUCUGAGUUACGAGGGGGCCUUCAGCUCUGAGUUCCGGCAUGAAAUGAUUUACGACAAGUGGCAGAGCGAUAUACUGCAGCGUGAAAUCCCACUCAGUCAGCCCUUUCGCCUGGAAACCAUUCUUACCGAUGAAGUUGAAAUAAGCAGGUGGGGUUCAGAGGGUUUACCCCCAGAUGAGCUCUCUGUUCAGAACGGCAUUCUCACCACCCAGGCCAGUCGCUUCCCACUCUGCAUCGACCCGCAGCAACAGGCCUUAAACUGGAUCAAGCGCAAAGAGGCAAAGACCAAUUUGAAGAUUUCUUCAUUUAAUGAUCCAGAUUUCUUGAAGCAAUUAGAGAUGGCCAUCAAGUAUGGCUUUCCGUUCCUGUUCCAAGAUGUUGAUGAGUACAUCGAUCCAGUCAUUGAUAAUGUCCUGGAAAAGAACAUUGAAGGACAAGCAGGCCGUUACUUUGUUCGGCUUGGCGACAAGGAGGUUGACUAUGAUCCCAACUUCAAAAUGUACCUCAACACCAAGCUAGCUAACCCCAAGUACCAACCUGCAGUGUUUGGGAAAUCCAUGGUGAUAAACUACACAGUGACGUUAAGUGGUCUGGAAGAUCAGUUACUGAGUGUUAUUGUGGCAUUUGAGCGGAGAGAACUGGAGGAGCAGAGGGAGCGUUUGAUCAAGGAAACUAGUGAGAAUAAGAAGCUGCUAAAGGAUCUGGAGGAUUCUCUUUUACGUGAACUUGCAACUUCCACUGGCAACAUGCUGGAUAACGUUGAACUGGUCGAAACUCUGGAAGAAACCAAGACUAAAGCUACUGAGGUGUCUGAAAAGCUAAAGCUGGCUGCAAAGACUGCAAUAGAUAUAGACAAGUUGAGAGAUGGUUAUCGACCCGCUGCCAGGAGGGGAGCCAUUUUGUUUUUUGUCUUGUCGGAGAUGGCCCUGGUUAACAAUAUGUACCAAUAUUCUUUGGCAUCUUUCCUGGAUGUCUUUGACUUAUCCCUUCGUAAGUCUUUGCCUGACUCUAUACUUCAAAAGCGACUGAAGAACAUCAUGAAUGCAUUGACUCUGAAUGUAUAUAAUUACGGCUGCACAGGCCUGUUUGAGAAGCAUAAGUUGCUGUUUGCUUUCAACAUGACGAUUAAGUUGCAGCAGGCCGAGCAGCACAUCCCACAGGAAGAGCUGGAGUUUUUCCUCAAAGGAAACAUAUCUCUGGAGAAAAGCAAGCGGCCAAAGCCAUGCCCCUGGCUCCCGGAUCAGGGCUGGGAAGAUAUCAUUCAUCUUGCAGCCAGUUUUCCACAGCAGUUUGCAACACUUGCAGAUGACCUGCAAUUGAAUAAGAAGGUCUGGCAAAAUUGGUAUGACCUCGAUGCCCCUGAACAAGUGGAAUUCCCGAUCCACUAUAAGGACACGCUGAACAGUUUCCAGAAGCUGCUGCUGCUGCGCUGUUUCCGUGUGGAUCGCGUGUACCGUGCAGUGAUGGACUACAUCUCUGUCACCAUCGGAGAGAAGUUUGUGCAGCCGCCUGUCAUCAGUUUUGAGGCGAUCUUUGAGCAGAGUACAGCUAACUCACCCAUUGUCUUCAUCCUCAGCCCUGGCUCUGAUCCAGCUUCUGACUUGACCAAGCUGGCUGAGCGCUCAGGGUUCGGAACAAGUCGACUAAAGUUCCUUGCUAUGGGACAAGGACAAGAGAAGGUAGCGUUACAGUUGCUGGAGACAGCUGUAGCUCGUGGACAGUGGCUGAUGCUGCAGAACUGCCACCUGCUUGUGCGCUGGCUGAAGGAGUUGGAGAAGGCACUGGAGUUGAUUCACAAACCUCACCCCGACUUCCGCUUGUGGCUCACCACUGAUCCAAUCGAAGACUUCCCCAUUGGAAUACUCCAGAACUCACUGAAGGUUGUGACGGAACCACCCAAUGGUUUGAAGCUGAAUAUGAGAGCCACAUAUUUCAAGAUCAGCCAUGAAGCUUUGAGCAUGUGCCCCCAUUCUGCCUACAAGUCACUGGUCUACGUGCUGGCCUUCUUCCAUGCUGUGGUCCAGGAACGCAGAAAGUAUGGCAAGAUCGGUUGGAAUGUGUCAUACGACUUCAAUGAAUCUGAUUUCCUGGUCUGCAUGGAGAUUCUCAUCACUUACUUGAAAAAGGCUCAUGAACAGAACGACACCAGGAUUCCCUGGGGCAGCCUGAAGUAUUUAAUUGGAGAGGUGAUGUACGGGGGGCGUUGCAUCGACAGCUUUGACCGCCGCAUCCUCACCACCUACAUGAAUGAGUUUCUGGGGGAUUUCAUCUUCGACACUUUCCAGCCGUUCCACUUCUUCCACAAUGACGAUGUCGACUACAAGAUCCCAGAGGAUGGGAAUAAAGAUAAUUACACUGAUGAAAUUGAAUCUCUUCCACUUGCAAACACUCCGGAGGUGUUUGGACUUCACCCAAACGCUGAGAUCGGUUACUACACCCAGGCAGCACGCAGCAUGUGGGAACACCUGAUCGAUCUCCAGCCACAGACAGGAGAAUCCGGCAGUGGUAUGGGCCAUGAUGAAUACAUUCAGCACGUGGCCAUGGACAUCCAGAGCAAGCUCCCAACUAUCUUUGACAUGGAUACCAUCUACAAGAAAUUUGUGUUGCAAAUCACGCCGACCACAGUGGUGUUGCUGCAGGAGCUGGAACGGUUCAACCUACUCAUCGAUAGGAUGCUGCGCUCCUUGAUGGAGCUACAGAGGGCCUUGGCUGGUGAAGUGGGCAUGAGCAGUGAGCUGGAUGAGGUGGCACGAGCCCUCUUCAAUGGUCACAUCCCUGCCAUCUGGAGAAGACUGGCUCCUGACACCCUGAAGUCGCUGGGAAACUGGAUGAUCCAUUUCAAGAGGAGGUUUGAACAGUACGCCUCAUGGAUUGAGGAAGGUGAACCCAAUGUCAUGUGGUUGUCUGGGUUACAUAUCCCUGAAUCAUACCUGACGGCUCUAGUUCAGGCAACGUGUCGCAAGAACAGUUGGCCACUGGAUCGCUCCACACUCUACACACAGGUCACCAAGUAUCCCGAUGCAGAUGAUGUCAUGGAGCGCCCAGGGAACGGCUGUUUCAUUUGUGGAUUAUACCUGGAAGGAGCUGCCUGGGAUAUUGAAGAAGGCUGUCUGAUCCGGAGUCAGCCAAAGGAGCUGGUGAUUGAACUGCCCGUUCUCAAGGUCAUCCCCAUUGAAGGCCAUCGCCUGAAGCUCCAGAAUACGCUACGAACCCCAGUGUACACCACGUCUCUGCGACGGAAUGCCAUGGGUGUUGGGCUGGUGUUCGAAGCCGAUCUGUUCACCACUAGACACAUCUCACACUGGGUGCUGCAGGGUGUCUGCCUCGCCCUGAACGCAGACUGAUUCAUCGGCAUCUCCAGGAUCCACACAGCAAAGGAUCCCGUGUAUUUCUCACAGUGGGAGAGGCAUUUGGUGUUCAAAUUAAAUUAUUUAGUAAAGCAAUUCACUAAGCAAUAAGUAGUAAUAACUUGAUCAACAAAUGGUAAGCAUUGAGGAAUCUGCUGGUGUAAAACAAAACCCAAGCCUCUCUAGUCCUUGCCCUAUCCCUGAGAAAGCCUACGCUGUUUUUUAAUGCAAGAAAUUCUUUAUUUCCCGUAAUUGAGCAAGAAGGUUGUUCUGAGAAUUUGGAUUUACAAAUGUUAACCUACUCUCAGGGCUAAAACCAGAGCAACGAUAGAACUCUGAUUUAUUUUUUC